GACAGGAAGGCAGAUCCAGAUCGAUGAGACCGAGCCUCGUUACGCGCACUGAUCCUCCUGCUCUCCAAACCAAGAAGAUGCCCAAAACCUCAGCGCGCGUAUUCCCGUGGUCCUCCUUGUGGUUGGCAUCUUUGGCUACUUUGGUUGUGCAGUCGGUGCUCUCUUCCUCCUACUCCUCUUCUUCCUCCUCUGCAUACCAGAGACCUGCAGCCGGUGGGAAGCGACCGGGCUUCAUGGAGAGGACGCUGAUUCUCCUGGACGUCAACACCCGCAGUCCGAUCAGAGUCCUCAACGACAACUUCCUCUCUUUGCAGCUAGACCCCUCGAUCAUCAAAGACGGGUGGUUGGACUUUUUGAGCUCCAAGCGGCUCGUGACCCUGGCGCGCGGCCUGUCGCCUGCUUAUUUGCGUUUUGGCGGAAAACGAACCGACUUCCUGCAGUUCAACAAUCAGAAGAACCUCGCCAAAUUCAGAGGGCCGGGACCAGACUACUAUCUGAAGAACUACGAAGACGAUAUAGUGCGCAGCGACAUUGCAUUGGACAAGCAGAAGGGCUGCAAACUGGCCAACCACCCGGACAUAAUGCUGGAGCUGCAGAGAGAGAAGGCUGCCACCACACAGCUCGUCCUGCUGAAAGAGCAGCUGUCCAACAUCUAUAGCAACAUUACAAUAACAGCCAGGUCUUUAGACAAACUGUACAACUUUGCCGACUGUGCUGGUCUGCACCUGAUCCUGGGGCUCAACUCACUGCACAGAAACCCAGACAACUCGUGGAACACCUCCUCCACCCUGAGCCUCCUGAAGUACAGCGCUGGCAAGAAGUACAACAUCUCCUGGGAGCUGGGCAACGAGCCUAACGCCUACCGCAGCAUGGUGGGUCGUGCGGUGAACAGCACCCAAUUGGCUCAGGACUACAUCAAGCUGCGGACCCUGCUGCAGUCUGUGCGCUACUACCAUCGAGCUCACCUCUACGGCCCCAAUGCAGGGCGACCCAGGAAGAACGCCAUCCUGCUGCUGGAUGGGUUCAUGAAGAAUGCUGGCUCAGUUGUAGACGCAGUUACGUGGCAACAUUAUUACAUGGAUGGCAGAGUUAACAAAGUGGAGGACUUCCUAAAAACUCGUCUGUUGGACACACUGACAGAGCAGAUCACUAAAGUCACCAAGGUUGUGAACACACACACUCCUGGUAAGAAGGUGUGGCUGGGUGGACUGGGUCCAGCAUGGGCAGGAGGCAUUAAUAAUCUCUCGGACACAUACGCUGCCGGAUUUUUGUGGGCUAACACACUGGGAAUGGCUGCUGUUCAGGGAAUUGAUGUUGUCUUGCGUCACUCAUUCUUUGACUAUGGAUACACGCACCUUGUUGACCAGCACUUUAACCCUUUACCUGAUUACUGGUUCUCUCUGGUCUUCAAGCGUCUGGUUGGUCCGAGGGUUUUAUCUGUGCGGGUUGCUGGACUGCAGAGGAAGCCACAACCAGGACGAGUCAUACGAGAUAAGCUACGUAUUUAUGCGCACUGUACCAGCUACUACAAUCAUAACUAUGUGAGAGGCUCCAUAACGAUCUACAUCAUCAACCUGCAUCGGUCGCGGAAGAAAAUCAAGUUGGCGGGGACGUUACGGAACAAGACUGUCCAUCAGUACCUGCUGCAACCCUACGGCACUGACGGACUCAAAGCCAAACAUGUCCAGCUGAACGGGGAGAAGUUGCUCAUGGUGGACAAUGAGACCUUCCCAGAGUUGAAGCCUAAAACGUUGAGGGCUGGACGGACAAUAGCCAUGCCUCCCAUGACCAUAGGCUUUUAUGUCAUUAAAAAUAUUAACGCAUAUGCCUGCCGAAGAUAACACAGAUCUUCCGUCCCUGAAAUAAAAGCUCAGAACUCUACCAAACCGUCAACCCUCUGCCAGCUUGACUCGUUGUCCAGUAAGAGGGUUUAUCAGGGGGAGGUCAGAGUACCAUGCUAGCAGGGUUUUAAUGUCUUGCUCAAGGGUGCUUCAGUAGAGUGGACACUUGGCUUGAAACAGUACAAUCCUCUGGUUUAAAAACAGCCUCUUUAACCAUUAUUUCAGCUGUUUCUGGGGUUUUAAACCUCGAAAAGCUGUUUCUCCACACACACUGACCAAAAUCCCCACCGAUCUAGUAAAUUACAGAUGAGCUCGGCUCUUCCCCUGUUCUCAUCUCUAGUCCAUCAAAGAAAGACUUUGCCCCACACACAUAACAAGGGCUGCACUGAACACUUUUCAAUUUCUUCCACCAGCUUUUCCUCAUAUGCUCCAAGACUUGUAUGGACAGUAAUUGUUUUGUGCCUUUGUGUGAAAUUUGUGUUUUGUAGUUACAGAAAUGCAGUAUCAAAUUCACAACCACAUUCUGGGACUUGAUUAAGCUAUAUUUUCUCCUCAUGGAUCGUCAAACCAAGGGUUCUUUCUGUGUCUACCAAGAGAAUAUUUUUUUUCAAUCUCUUUUUCUAAUUUUUUACUGACCGACAGACAAAAAAGAAUGGGAGAAAACUCAGAACAGGCAGUGUUGCUGAAGCAUUCACAAGUUCAACUUCAGUUUGACUCGAUCCUCUACGCAAAGAGAAAAUAGCAUGGAGUGUGUAAGGUCAUGUCUGGACUGGGGGCUGUGUACGUGUGUGUGUGUGUGUGUGUGUGUGUGUGUGUGUGUGCGUGCGCAUGUGUUUUAUUGAUAAAGCUACUGAUGUGUCUGUCAAGUCUGUUUGACGUAUUUUUAUUUUCUUUACAAGUGGCUUAAAAGGAAAAUCUGUUUCUUUUAAAGGCUGUUUUUUUGUAUGUUCUGUGUAUGUUCUGCUUUUUUGCAGCAGGUUUCAAUCAGUUUGACUGCAGAAUAUGACAGCCAGGAUGUGUCGCUGGGUCUGUUUGCAGCGAGCUGAGGAACAAUGUGAACUCAUCCAUAACAUGUGUCUUCAUAUAGCCUGCAUCCAUACAAAAUCUGGGUUUAGCUUUCCACUCAGAAAUUCUAAAAUCUUUUUUUAACCUUUCUCACUAUAUCUUCAGCGUGAUCUCACAUUUUUAUAAUCUUCUUAUGCUGCUAGUUUUUUAAAACUAAAUACACAUUAUAUAUAUUUUACAUAUUUUGUACAGAUUUACUGUCAUAUAUUAUUAGAUAAUGUAAUGUACAUAAAAGGAGUGAUGAAUAUAAGUGACACAAGCUUGAUAUGUUUACUUACAUACAGUAUACAGCUAAUUUAUAUGAUUAAAUACUUUGUCAUAAUUUUCUAUCAUAAAAAACUUGGUUAUUUUAGAGGUACAAAUGCCCCAACUGUAGAGCAAAAAAUUUAAUAAUUUUCUGUUCUUUGAAUGACAGUGUGACCGAGUCACUGUGUUAAGGUGCAAAUGUCGUAGGUACAGAAAAUGUGUUUGCAAGAAAAAGGAAUCACUUUAAGAUGCUGCCCACGUUUGACAUCUGCAUUUACUUCUGUUUUAUUUCAAAAUAUUCUGACCACCUUAUUUUAUAAUGGGCUUGGUCUUUUCCAAACAAAAAACCACAGAGUGAGUGCAAAACAUUGUCUGAAAAUAUUUGGUCACUUUGCUUAUUAUGUGCUCUGAACUGUCAAAAACAAAGACAGCGAUAACAUUGCUAAACUCAUACAUGGUAACGAUAAGCAGGAGCAGGUUCAGUUCCUGAAUGUGUUAAAUAUAAAUAAUAUUUGUCCUCUGAAUGUGUAAUGUAGAGGUG